GCAACAUAUCUGCAAGUCAAAGGCAAACAAUGCCAAAGGUUAAUUAUUUUGCGAUUAAUAAUUUGCAUAGAGAAAUAAGUCUUUACAUAAAACGAAGUUCUCCAGAUGAUUCGCAUUUACAAGCUCCAUAGCAUAUAAUUAAAGAGACUACGUGAACACAAUGACCUCAAAUUUAACAAACUGGCGACAAUCAGCCACAGUGAUAAUUGCGGCGAAAACCUUUUUGACUUCCACGUCGAAAUGCAACUACAAAAUAUUGAUGGUAAAACGGAACAGAAAAUCGUCGGUCCUACCAAGCGCGACGGUUUUUCCAGGCGGUGCGAUUGACAAAUCGGACACUUCUCACGAUUGGCUAAAAUUGUACGAGAAAUUUGGUUUCAAAUCAGAAUGGCUGGAUUCGUUAAAUUCGAAGAUUGACACUUCCUUACUUUUCAAAACUGACGACGAGAAUGAAAUACCUAAAAGUAUAUCUUUGAGAAUUGCUGCCAUUCGAGAAACGUUUGAAGAGACUGGUAUAUUAAUGUGUAAAAACGUAAAGAAUAUUUCUGACGAAACGUCUUCGUGGGCUGACUACAUAACAUCAGAAGAGGUACAAAAGUGGCAAACCAAAAUUAACAAAAAUCCGAAUGAGUUUAUGAAGCUAUGCUUGCAUUUCGAAGUAUUUCCAGAUCUUUGGUCCCUGUAUGAUUGGAAUAAUUGGGCUACGCCUAGUCCGGUGCGGGCGAAGUUUAACACCAUAUUCUUUAUGGCAAUCUUUCAAAGCAAACCACCCGCAUUUGCCGAUAAUGGUGAAAUAUCAGAAGUGCAAUGGAACUCUCCCUCACAAUAUUUGGAUAUAUGGGAAGCAGAAAAGUACCUGGCGACUAUACCACAAUUUUACGAGAUUUCGCGAUUAAAUAUCAUUACAAAUAUUAAUGAUAUCCAAAAGUUUUGCAGGGAACGCAGUCAUAGCGUUUUGGAAAGGUAUAUGCCAUGCAUUGUAACUACCACCUCAGGCACUUUUUUCCUACUACCUGGUGAUGCACUGUACUCAAAGUACCUAGAUGUGUCUAAAGACAAUGUUGACUAUUUAGAAGAAAUGCCUAAUAGUGAUGUGCAGCACAGAGUUCAUAUGCUACCUACUGGGGAAAGAAGACUAAUAAUAAAAAACUUUUCACCUGUAUAUUAUGUUUCUCCAAUAAGUAGCAAAUUGUAAAUACAUAUUGAAUAAUAAUAAAAUAUAUAAUAAAUA